AUGGACCCAACCCAGAUCACUCGUUCAGAAGAGUACUAUGACCUAGGUACACAUUCUCGACAGAUAAGGACCGGGUCGCCGGACGCCCAGCUAUGGUUCAACCGAGGGCUUCUAUGGUCUUACGCCUUCAAUCACGAAGAAGCGGUGCGUUGCUUUGAAAGAGCAACAGUAUGCGACCCAUAUUGUGCAAUGCCCUGGUGGGGAAUAGCCUACGCAUUGGGCCCUAAUUACAACAAGGCCUGGUCGCGAUUUGAUCGGCUGGACCUGGAACAAACUAUACCCAAAGCAAAAGCAGCUCUAUCUCGAGCGUUGCAACUAGCCAGAGACUCUGCUCCUGUGGAACACGCCUUGUGCGAUGCUCUUUCGGCACGGUUUCCAUCGCACGAGAUCCCCGAUGACUUGGCACCGCUAGACCACGCCUACGCCAAUGCAAUGAGAUCGGUGUAUGAAUCAUACAGUGACGACCUAGAUGUUGUGGCAUUAUUUGCCGAAGCACUAGUAUGCACUAGAGCCCGAGACCUGUGGGACCUAGAUACAGGGAAACCAACCAGCAACUCUACACUUGAGGCUCGCGCCCUCCUCGAAUCCGCUAUGGCCAAGGAAGAUGGCAAAGACCAUCCUGCCUUCUGCCACAUGUAUAUCCACUUGAUGGAAAUGUCCCCAUUUCCCGAGCUGGCCUUACCCGCCGCAAACACUCUGCGGCACCUUGUCUCCGAUGGCUCCCACCUGAUGCAUAUGGCAACCCACAUCGAUAUCGCUUGUGGUGAUUAUUACCGAGCCAUGCAUUCAAAUCACGAUGCCAUGGUGGCAGAUAACCGAUAUUUCUCCAAUAAUGAGCCAAGCUCUGUCUUCUAUAUAAUGUAUAGGGCACACAAUGUUUACGCCAAGAUAUAUGCAGCCAUUAUGCUUGGACACCAAGCUGAGGCUUUGUCCACUGCUAAGCAUCUGUGGAGCAUUCUUACUCCCGAGGUUCUUUCUGUGUCAACUCCUCCCAUGGCCGACUGGGCAGAGAGUUACCUUGGUGCUUUAGCGCAUGUACUGGUCCGAUUCGGCCGCUGGAACGAUAUCCUGCAGUUGGAACUCCCAUCAGACCCUAAACUUUUCUGUUCCACUACAGCCAUGCUUCUCUAUGCCCGUGGAAUCGCAUUAGGCGUUCUAGGCCGUAUUGAUGACGCUGAAGAAGCACUAGUCCAAUUUGAAGCUGCACGGGCUGCAGUUCCAGUAACCCGUCUGAAUAGUCUGCCUAGCAAAGAAGUUGAUGUUUUGCGUAUUGCGUCGGCCAUGUUAAAGGGGGAGCUUGAAUAUCGCAAGGGGAACUAUGACCUAGCAUUCUCUAGCCUAAGAAGAGCUGUACAGCUGGAGGAUUCGUUACCCUAUACUGAUACACCCCCUUGGAUGCAGCCGGUGCGCCACGCCCUUGGGGCUCUGUUGCUCGAACAGAAUUAUGUCGCAGAGGCAGAGGUUGUUUAUAGAGAGGACCUUGGUCUUUCUGAUACAUUGCCGCGCCGGCGUGGGCGACUCAACAAUGUCUGGGGCUUGCAUGGGCUUUAUGAAUGCUUUGUACGUUCAGGGAAGGCCUACGAAGCUCUGCUCACCCGUACCCGGCGUGAUGCUGCCCUGCUCAAGGCAGAUGUUCCUAUCACCGCUUCGUGCUACUGUCGACUGUCCACAGCAUCCGAUGAUGAUUCGUGCUGCCGCGCUUCUGGCUAGAUAAAGGGU